AUGGCUUUAAAUGGGACCCAAAAUCCCGACCCAAGACCCACGUCCCGCGGGGCUGAUUCGGAGCUUCCACAUGGCUCUGGUCUUAUACAUUUCGAGCCGCUCCGUCUUCAUCGCAACGAGUGUAGCUCGGUGUUCCAAGUCGCUUUAGCUCACUUGGGAGAGCGCCAGACUGAAGUUCACUUUAGUCGUCACAACCCUGUGCGGUAUCUGGAGGUACUGUGUUCGAUCCACAGAAGCGACAAGUUUCUUUUUGAACUUUUUUGGACCUGUCCCUUUUUCCCUUUUGUUCUCUGCUAA